CGGAGCUGACUGCACUGCCUGGCAGCUGGUAUCAGACGGAGGAAGGGUUAGGGACAGAAGUUUCUAGGUAGUUGUUUUUGCAGACAAUAAAGCAGUCGGAUGACAAUUUGAAACUCACGACAACGGAAUUAAAAAGGCGUCGUUUUGAAAUAAACUCUGACAACAAAAAGCAGCUAACACAAUAGAAUACUGCAAAGAAGACAAACAUGCCUACUCUUUCUGCAACCACUGACAUAGGCAGCUCACCUCCAUCUCCAGUGGACAGCAGUCCAAGGAGGCUGUCCUGGAGCAAGCUGGUGCAAAGAUUGACCGAUUUCAGCACACCAGGAAACAGCAGCAUAGAGUCUGGGUCCAACAAUGGCAGCAGGAGUGAUCUCUCAGAAUCAGGCUCAGAUGACUCAAAUGACCAUUUCCCCUGUAAUGAAGACCUCUUCUAUGACCCAAUGGAGGAGACCAUCCUGAAAGAAGUAGUGGACCUCAUAGCACGAAGCCUGAGAGAGGCCAAAGACUCCGACUGCGCCUUACGAUGCACAAAACUCCUCAUUCCUGAGAAACUUCUGGAGCACAUCGGACAGGAGCUCCUUCACCUGGCAGCUAGCGAGCCCUGCGGCCUGAGAGGGGCUCUCAUUGACCUGUGUGUUGAACAAGGGGCCGUGUGUGAGAGUAUGGCGCAGCUAUCUGUGGACCCAUACCUUGUCCCUACGUUUCAGCUGACUCUGGUGUUGAGGCUAGAAUCAGGCGGAUUGUGGCCAAAGAUCCAAGGACUCUUUAGCGCAAAGUCUCCUUCCACUCCAGUAGUGAGACAAGCGAUCAAACUUAGCACUGGUUUCCGUGUGAUCAAGAAGAAACUGUAUUGUUCUGAGGAACUGCUCAUUGAGGAGUGUUAAGAGAUAUAUGGGAUUGUAAUGUUUGAUUGUCUGCGCCUUUUAAAAUGAGCUCACUGAAGGGCCUUAAUACUGUAAUGACAUGUAUAUGAUGCCUUCUGCAGCGUGAGGAAGGACUCUGUCAUGGUACAGCCUAUUGUUCCUAUUGUAAGGGAGAUAAAGUUCAUGGUACCUGGAGCUGGUGUUGCUCCAACACACUCUACAGUACUGAUGGUUGAAAUUUGAAAUGUGUAACCAUUCUGAUAUAUGUGCUGAAUAGGCAUUUCGCAAGCAUUAAAGUGCGUACCUCAGUUUCUAUUGAAACAAUAUAAACGGCAGCUAGCUAUUUGGUUAUAUUCAUUGAAGACCAUUGUGUUAUUAUUAUUUUUUAUAAGUGGCAAUUAAUUGUAAUGUUCACCAGUUGAUGAAUUGUACAUCAAGCAUACCAUUAGGGACCUUUAGUGACUGCUUGAACCCAAGAGUAAAGGCCUACCACUGCUUGCCUUGUGCAGUUUGUGUGCAAGCUGCAGCUAAAUAGUUCAGAUGUAACUUUAGCUUGUACAUGUGUGGACCUGUUUGCAUUCAACUUUAUUUAUUUGACAUUCAAAUACUCAUAUCAUUGCACUGUUUUUGUACUUUCAUGAUGCAAAUAAAUUAUUUUUUUCAACA